CGCGUCGCAACGAGGAGACCCCUCCUCCCCUCGGCAACGUAACACAAGAGAAGAAGAGAUCGCCAUGUCCAACGUGCCCACCUCCCUCCGCGACUCCUCCCUCACCGUCUUCCGCCUCGCCAUCUCCAGCUCCGACCCCUGGCCCUUCUCCCUUUAACCCCAUCAAACGCUUCUUCCUCUUCCAAGAAGAUCACAAGCUUCUUCGUGUUCUUGUUCUUCUUCGGAUCACUCGGUUGGUUUCUUGGUUUCUUGGUUUCUUGGAUUGUUGCGAGAUGCACGGGAAGCAUCAGCAUCAGCAGCAGCAGCAGCAGCAGGGGGGGAUGGUGGUGGUGGCGCCGAAGGGGUGCGUGACGGUGAGGGUGGGGGCGGAGGGGGAGGAGCAGCGGCGGUUCGCCGUGCCGCUCGCCCACCUCAAGCACCCGCUCUUCGGGGCGCUGCUCGAGGAGGCCGAGCGCGAGUACGGCUUCGCGCAGCGGGGCGCCAUCGCCAUCCCCUGCCGCGUCGACCGCUUCGUCCACGUCGAGCACCUCAUCGUCCAGGACCUCCACGGCGCCGCCGCCUCCCACCUCCUCGACCUCGACUCCUCCUCCCACCACCACACCCAGAUCCACCUCCACCUCCCCCGCUUCGCCGGUUGCUUCCGCGCCUGAUCCUUCCAUCAUCUCCAUGGAUGCAUCGCCAUGGCGGUGGAGCGGAGCUCCCAGAUUGCUCUUCUUCUUCUUCUUCAGGGUUGGUUGGUCGAUUAAUUACUUAGUUUAGCUAGUUUUUUGGUUUCCUUUUGCUUCGUCCUCCGAUCUCUCGGUUUGUUGGGGAUGGAUUUCGAUUGGGUUUGUGGACGGGAGAAUCGGAGGACGGAUUCGAUGCUGAUGACGACGAAAAAUUGAGAUCGAUCUCAAAAGUGUAAAGACAGAGUAAUUCUUCUUAGUAGCUUUAUUCUAGUUUUAUUUUUUUUAUCUUUUUUCUUUGCUUGUACAUCCACUUCUUGAAACACAUCAAUAAUACAGUAUACUUUGAUCGAUA